AUGUGCCGUGGCGUUGACUCCCGAGCGCCGCGCGAGGACCUUUUUCAGCAUUUUAAAUACGAAUAUAUGGGUUCAACUUGUCUAAUAUUUCUUGAGCGUGAAGUGGAAAGACACAACAUGAACCGACGGAUAGACCUCACAAGCACCUUUUGGUCCGAGGACUACCUGACGGGCAUCGAUUGGCUUCUGCACAAUAUACAGAGCGACAUCAGUGAGCUGGUACAGUUCGCCGAUCUGUACGACAAAUUCCAGGAAAGUUGGUCGUACGCGGCCAGGCAGAUUGCAAAAGUGAGCACUGGAGAUGCAUUAGAAGGAUACACAAAAGUCAAGAGCUAUGGAAAGGGUACGGAAAUGGUGGCGCGAGUGUACCGCAACCAAACCCGACAGUUGGAGUACCUUGCGGAGAAGCUUCGGACGUCGUCCCUGGCAGCUGUGGAGGACCCCAUCAAGAACCUGCUGUUCCAAUAUAGGGAGUUCCAGACAGACAUCGAGUCUGCGCUGAAGCUGGACCACGGGAAGGUCAAGAGACAGAUGGACGCGCUGCGCAGCAUGCACCGGCAAAUCAAGAAAAAGGCGGCUGCUAUUGCGACGCUUGAUCCGGAAGAUGAGGAGGACUUGCAGUCCAUGGAGACCGUGGUGGAGCGGCAGUUCCCCUCGAGCCUGGGGUCGUCACUGAAAUUCGGCUGUGAAGCGGAGUGGGAGGAGUACCUGUCCCGUCUAAAAAACGACGUGCCUAUCACCAAGCGCAAGUGGGUGAUCCCGGGCCUGCCCAACGAGUACUUCAGCGGCGGCGAUCUUUACCACUCGCUGAAAAGACUGGACGCGAAAAUGGACACUUCUCUCUUUAAUCUGGAAAACGUGGGACAGCAGCUGCUUGAUUUUGGCGUACUAAGGUCGUACAAUGAUGUGCUGCACCGUCCAGGGUACAAGUUCACGCACCAGGGGUUCUACUGCUGGGUGCCGGAUGCGCCCACGCCGACCGGCAGCAUGAGUCCGGCCAGCUCCAGUGGUAAGAUCCUACAGGACAUCUGGAAACGCGUCAGCUCAGGAGGGACAGUUGAGCAAGACACUACAUAUGCGGCGCUCGAGAUAUCUCAGCUGAACGAGCAGUUCGUGAAGCAAUGGUUUUUAUGGGAAAAUGAGAAACUGAAGCUGGAAGUCGACCUGUUCUACUUUAUGAAGAAGUUUGCGAAGUUGAGCAAACAUAAGUUCCGGACUAUGGUCGAUGUGGAUAAGUCUAUAGUCACUAGCUUUGAACAGGAAUGGAAGAUUGACGGAAAGGCGUCCGCGGUCGACGCCGACGAGGCGUGGUACGAGGUAUAUUCUAAAAAUCACGGCACAAUCGGCUUCUACACGCCGCACGCAGGCCUGCACUUCGAAAUGUACACCCUGCAGGGCACACCGGUUGCCCAGCCGUGGCUCUUCGGCACGCCUUUACAAGAUAUGCCGGUACUGGACAAUGAGCAGCCCGUGGUCCUCCACAAGCUGCUAGAGAAAGCCCAGACGUUGGACCCCGGCUUGGUCGCUAAAGAAUGGGCAGCGCCUCUUGACCUCGUCGGCAUCUCCAACAUGAAGCGCGACUGCCUCAACGAGUAUCUGCUGGACUGUGACCACGCCGCAGUAAUGGAAAAAGUACUGAAAAAGUGGACCAUCGGCCCGAAUAUCAUCCAACUGCUGCGCUCGUGGUUGCUGGAGCUCCCGGAUAGCGUCGUGCCGUUCACACUCAUUGGCAGCUUCAAGGAGGGCGGCCUGGACUGGCUGGACCUGUGCCCCUCAUCCAACCUCCAAUGCAUCGCCGCCCUCGCGGCUCACUUUAACUGGCUGGGCCCGGAGCGCCUCAAAGUCCUUUUCGAGCAGGAACCCUCGCCGCAGCCGUUCCCGAUAUCCCACCACUUCGUACGCGCCCGCGUGCGCGCACCCCUGGACUGCCUGCUCUUCGAUGCCACUCUCCACCGUUUCUUUCUAGACGAUGAAUUCACCGCUAGCUGCACCAGGGCUGCCCGAGCCUCUCCCAGCGCCCGAACUGGGCGUCCGCCGAAAAACCACCUGACUGUCGCAGACUCCUACGAAUUCGUGCCCCGUCCUUUCCGUGCCAACUCUUGCGAGCCAUCCCCCACCCGAAACAAGCGUCUCAGCGGACUCACCAUUCUACACCCUACUUCGGGCUGA